AUGAGUACUGUUCGGACCUUCCUUGCAGUUGUUGCUGUUCGGGAUUGGCACUUACUCCAGAUGAAUGUGCAUAAUUCCUUCCUUCAUGGUGAUCUGAAAGAGGAAGUAUACAUGCACCUACCACUAAGUUUUGAGUUCGGUCAUAACAACAAAGUGUGUCGCCUGCAUAUUAUUUCCGAGUGUGGUUUUCUGGGUGCUAAGCCUGCUGGUUUUCCUAUGGAGCAUAAUUAUAAGUUGGGGGAGUUAGUGAGUGCGCAGAUGGAGGAUCUGGAUAGCUAUCGACGGUUGGAUCACUAUCAGGCAACAUUAUGGGUUGUGAGAUAUCUGAAGAAUGCUCCAUUACAGGGUAUACUCUUAAGGAGUGAUUGUGAUCUUAGGUUAUCUGGAUGGUGCGAUUCUGACUGGGCAUCCUCUCCCAAGUCUCACAGAUUAGUUACUGGGUGA